AUGCCAGCGGCGAAGCAAAUCCUUGGAGUAGCCGCUGCAUUUGGUUUCAAGCUCGAAGGGAGAGGGCACCGAGAUGGAAGGAUGGAGAGGUUUGCCGAGGAGCUGAAAGAGAUGCAACGGGCCGCACGUGAGCGUCGCCUGGCUCUCACAGAGCGCAGCCGGCGCAGCGACCAAGCCGCCUCAGACCGCGCUUUUACGGUCGGAGGCUCGGGCUUUCUCGGUGACGAAGAGCUGCGAGAAGUUCUCAGGGAGAUCGAAGAGAAUUGGGGCCGCUGCGUGGGCUUGUACAUUCACGGGUCCACGAUUUUCUCCAACAAGGAGCCGAAAGACUUGGACUUGCUUGCAAUUGUGGACGAAGCCAAGAAGGUCAUCGCUUCGGGGUCGAAGGAGGCCCAGUUUCUUCGGGGCCGCUGCGAAGUCUCAGUCUACGAACGUGACUUCUGGCUGAGGAGGCUGGAGGCGAUGGACCUGACCAUGCUGACAUGCAUCUCAACCCCGAAGUGCUUUGUCUUACUUGAGAUCGACGAUCCCCGUGUGCGAAACUUGACGCUUCCACUGGACAUCCUCGAGGAGUCGGUGGCCUCGUAUGCAGAGUACACCUGGCUGAAGGCUCAUCGGAGGAUGGAUGGCAAAGGAAAGGACCUCUACUCAGCUGCGAAGAACUGCUACUUUGCUUUUCGGAUCCUGUGCUUCGGUCAGCAGCUCAUCCGGAAUGGACGUAUCCCCGACCUCACAGCUGCCAAUGCGAAGUACGAGGUGAUCCAGGCGGUCUUCGAUGCACUCUCGGUGGAGCCCGGCGAAUGGGAUGUGGUCGAAGCGAUUUUUGGCCGGCUCUUCAGAGCCGAGUUAGCGAGUUUCACCGGGAAGAUCCUUGCCGCCCGAGACGGCGAUAAGGCC